GGGGGCGUGGUAACAUAGACAACAAACUGCAACACAAACAAGAAAACUUCAGAAGAGAAACAUGGAUGUUGAGGAGUUGCUGACAUUUAAGCCUGUAAACACACCCAAGAGACCUCAGGACGAUGAACCUGGAAGGUCGGACGAUGGUCCUGGCGAGUAUGAAAGGUACAGAAAAAUGCGCCGGCUGGAUGAGCGGCCAAGUUCUAUCAGGAAAAGAGACGAGCAAGUUGCACCACCAAAAUUCAGAGAGGAGCCGGAUGACAAUAGACAGCGAAUUAAACAACUCGUUGAUUCUCUUGAAAAUGCUCCUGAGGGGGAGUCUGAUGUUCUGGAUGAAACUGCUAUGAAAAGAAUGGUUCUUUUAUUCGAAAAACGGGCCCUGAAAAAUCAAGAAAUGAGAAUCAAAUUCCCAGAUUCUCCGGAAAAGUUCAUGGAGUCUGAGGUAGAACUUCACACAACCCUCACUGAGUUGAGAGCAUUAGCGACGGUGCCUGAGUUGUACCCAAAGUUGGUAGAGCUAGGUGCUGUCCCGUCCAUGCUGGAACUCCUGGCCCACGAAAACACAGACAUAGCCAUUGCUGUCGUCAAUCUGCUGCAAGAACUGACAGACGUAGACACUUUGAACGAGAGUCAAGACGGAUCAGAGGCUUUAGUGGAUGCGCUAAUGGCUGGACAAGCUUGCGCGCUGCUAGUGCAAAAUCUAGAGAGGUUAGAUGAAAGUGUGCCUGAAGAAGCUGAAGGAGUGCACAACACGCUAUCCAUAUUUGAGAACAUCACAGAAGUUCGAUCAGAAGUUUGCAGUGAUGCAGCCGGCCAGGGACUGAUGACCUGGAUUUUGAAAAGAUUGAAAGCUAAAAUGCCAUUCCAUGCUAACAAGCUUUACGCCAGUGAAAUUUUGUCUGUCUUGCUGCAGAACACGAAUGCCAACAGGCAACUCUUAGGCGAUUUGGAAGGCAUUGAUAUUUUGCUCCAGCAACUUGCCUACUAUAAAAGGCAUGACCCAACCUCUGCUGAGGAACUGGAAAUGAUGGAGAAUCUAUUCAACUGUCUCUGCAGCAGCCUCGUUUUGCCAUCAAAUAGAGAUAAGUUUCUUAAGGGCGAGGGACUGCAACUCAUGAAUCUGAUGUUGAGGGAAAAGAAACUGUCAAGAAAUGGUUCGUUGAAAGUUUUGGAUCAUGCGAUGUCAGGUCCAGAUGGAAAGGACAACUGCAACAAGUUUGUUGACAUUCUGGGCUUGCGGACAAUAUUUCCUCUGUUCAUGAAAACACCGCCCAAGAGCAAAAAGAGGACAAUGUCAACAGAAGAGCAUGAAGAGCACACUUCUUCGGUUAUUGCCAACAUGUUAAGAAACUGUCGAGGAAACCAAAGGACAAGACUCUUGACUAAAUUUGCUGAAAAUGACCAUGAAAAAAUCGAUCGUCUGCUGGAGUUGCAUUUCAAAUAUUUAGAAAAAAUGGAAAAGGCAGAUGUUGCAAUCGACGAAGAUUUGAAGAGGAAACGCCAAGAAGACAGUGAUGAAGAGGAGGACGAAGAGUCUGUCUUUUUGAAGCGUCUCGAUGCUGGACUCUUCACCUUGCAGUUGAUCGACUAUAUUAUUCUGGAAAUUUGCUGCAGUGGUCAGCCAUCUAUCAAGCAAAGAGCAUUACAAAUGCUCAACCUCAGGGGUGGUUCCACUAAGACCAUCAAGCAUAUAAUGCGAGAAUACGCUGGAAAUCUUGGAGACCUUGGCGACAAGGAGUGGAGAACUCAAAUGCAACAACACAUUUUGAACCUGGUGGACAAAUUUUAAUUUCUCUUGUCGAUUAAUAAAGUUUGAUAUAAUUACUUCAUUGAAA